AUGAAGUAUGAACUUCCUGUUCCUGGAUAUAUACACCUAAGAUCGCCACCGGUUUCCUCUCUCAACCUGCCUUGCUCCUUUGAGGACGACGACGUUCCAGAAUCCCCGCCAGUGUCGCCCUCGACGGAUUACUUGUCUGCAAUGGAGCUUUUGUACGAAUCAAGGGCCAGAGGUGCAAAGUGGGACCACUCGAUCAUCAUAAACGGGAUUGUGUAUAGGAUCCGAAAAUCCUGCGUGCCAAGCCCAUGUGUGCUCAGGGCAAGAAAGAAAAAGCUUCCUUGUGGAAGAAAAUAUCCAACCGGGCUCGGUUGGCCGCAAAAGGCAGCAUCGAUUUUUGUUAGUCUCGAUAUUUCGGAAUAA